AUGGGAAUCGUAUUCUCCUGUCUGGAGAGACUCGGCCUGUUUGGGCAGAGCAGCUCGCGGACAAUGACCAGACUAAUCCUGUCGACCGGGAACAUCAUCUCGGGCGGCCCCUCCAUCAUUCGGAAGCCCGGCGCCUAUCGAUCCAACCUCGAGUUCACCAACUCCCUACGCAGCAGUUUCCUGGCCGCGCAACAGGACUAUGGCGCUGCUUCAACCAAUGGAAGCGCAAAGGAUGCCGCGACCAAUGGCAAGCCCUCGUCACAAAUAAACGGCGACCGGCCGGCCACCGACAUAUGGACGCAGAGGGACGGCGACGCAUUAUAUGUACCACGCAUCGACUGGUCAGGCGCCGGUCUGCAAGAGGAGAGGGCGCAGUACGAGAUCACACUCAAACUCUUCUUCCUGCCGACGGCGCCGGCGGCGGACCGGCCCAAAUACAUAACCGCAGCCAUGGAUCUUGUGAAGAAAGAGCUCGGCGUCGCCGAUGUUGACCUGUUGAUUGUUUCGUUCCCGGGCAUGUCGUUCCAGGGCGACUGCGAGUGGGAAGCCGACAAGAUGAAUGGAAGCAUGGGCAACGACGAAGAGGAGCUGUAUACCUGGACCGCGCUGGAGGCACUGCACCAGCAGGGUCAGAUCCAGAGACUCGGCAUCGCCGAGUUUGGCUCCGAGAAGUUGUCAAAUUUCAUCACCAAGGUAAAGGUGCGGCCGGCCGUCGACCAGAUCAACAUUAAGAACUGCUGUAACGUCCCUCCGCCGCUGGCACAGCUGGCCAAGGAGGCCGACAUCGAGCUCCUCACGCAUAGCGAUUGCACGGAUAUCCUACCGAGCGGCACGCUGAGAGAGCUGCUCGGCCAGGGGCCAGAUGGCGCUGGGAUCCUGGCGGACGAGCGCACGAGGCCCGGGUUGCAAGGAAACCUCGUACCACAGUGGGUGGUCAAGUACACGGCGUUUGUCAAGGAUCGAGGUGUUAUUGAGAACAAGGGAUAUUUCGCUGGCGCGGAGCUCGAGGAGUAA